UAAGAUGGAAGGCUGGCAGAGUUGUCAAUAGUGAAUGCUGGCAGAGUUGUCAGUAGUGAAGCCUGGCAGAGCUGUCAGUAGUGAAGGCUGGUAGAGUUGUCAGUAGUGAAGCCUGGCAGAGCUGUCAGUAGUGAAGGCAGGCAGAGUUGUCAGUAGUGAAGCCUGACAGAGCUGUCAGUAGUGAAGGCUGGUAGAGUUGUCAGUAGUGAAGCCUGGCAGAGCUGUCAGUAGUGAAGGCAGGCAGAGUUGUCAGUAGUGAAGCCUGACAGAGCUGUCAGUAGUGAAGGCUGGUAGAGUUGUCAGUAGUGAAACGUGGCAGAGUUGUCAGUAGUGAAACCUGGCAGAGUUGUCAGUAGUGAAGGCAGGAAGAGCUGUCAGUAGUGAAGGCAGGAAGAGCUGUCAGUAGUGAAACCUGGCAGAGCUGUCAGUAGUGAAACCUGGCAGAGUUGUCAGUAGUGAAGGCUGGUAGAGUUGUCAGUAGUGAAACCUGGCAGAGUUGUCAGUAGUGAAACCUGGCAGAGUUGUCAGUAGUGAAGGAUGGUAGAGUUGUCAGUAGUGAAACCUGGCAGAGUUGUCAGUAGUGAAACCUGGCAGAGUUGUCAGUAGUGAAGGCAGGAAGAGUUGUCAGUAGUGAAGGCAGGAAGAGUUGUCAGUAGUGAAGGCAGGAAGAGCUGUCAGUAGUGAAGGCAGGAAGAGCUGUCAGUAGUGAAGGCUGGCAGAGCUGUCAGUAGUGAAGGCUGGCAGAGCUGUCAGUAGUGAAGGCUGGCAGAGCUGUCAGUAGUGAAGGCAUUGCUCAGGUGACAACACGGGCCUGGAGGAUGACCUCGACCAGGAGGAUCCCGCCAGGGUUGGGGUCCAGACGCAACUCCGCCCUCCACGACCGCAAGAUCUUUGAGAGAUCACAGGAGGCCAGUUUCCGGAAGGUGCUCAAUAAGGAAGACGUUGCCAUCAAGACGAAGCACAUCCGGACGCUGGUGCUGGGCACGCACAGUGACGGAAGCGCCGCAUUGUUCUGGCGAAGUGCGGCCGUCUGCCCUCCCAUCUCCACCGACGUCACCGCCUGGAAGUUCUGCUAUUGUCUCCACCGCCUGUGUCGCGAUGGUCACCCCAGGGUGCUACACGACUCCUUCCCUCACCUUAACAUGGUCACAAACAUUGGUCAACACUUCAAACACUUGACCAACGGCUACGGUCCAGUCAUCACCCCAUAUUGUCAACUGUUGGUGGCCAAGCUGAAGUUCCACCACCACAACCCUGGCUGUCCGGGGUCACUUUCACUCUCACAACACCAGUUACAAGCACUUACAGGAGACGAUGUCAAUAGUUGUUUUGAAUUGGCCGUCGACAUGUUGGAGUAUAUGGAAGACCUCCUGACACUGACUGAUGCAGUGAUACUGUCCGUGAAGGGAGCAGCUCCAGGCAGCACUAGUAAACCUGGCCACAGGGAGUGCCUCCUGGCCCCGCUGGUUCCCUGUAUACAAGAGUCGUCUUGCCUGUACGACAUGACUCUCGCGCUCCUCAACAAGCUUCAUCAAGGGCUGCCGUGGGAGAUGCUAGAGGGCCACCGGUCCAGGUUCAGUAAACAGUUUACACAACUCCGUCACUUGUACACCCACGCUGAGGGUACCUCAUACCUCACCUGCCUCACUGUUGUGCCUCACUUGCCUCAGGAAGUUCCAGACUUCUUGAGUGAGACAGGCUUACAGAAUCAUGAAACGUUUUUGCCGGAGGAGCAGCCAGCAGCUGCUAAUACAUCGUGCUCUCUAUCGGAGUACGAAACUCUUGUAGUGGAGCAACAACCAGCAGCUGCCGAUACAUUAUGCUCUCCACCGGAGCACGAAGCUCUUGAAGUGGAGCAACAGCCAACAGCUUCUGAUGCAUCAUGCUCUCCGCCGGAGUACGAAGCUCUUGAAGUGGAGCAACAGCCAACAGCUUCUGAUGCAUCAUGCUCUCCGCCAGAGUACGAAGCUCUUGUGGUGGGGCAACAGCCAACAGCUGCUGAUACAUCGUGCUCUCCACCGGAAUACGAAGCUCUUGAGACAGGGGUGAAUGAGCUGCAUGAAGUUGUUGAUACAUCAUGCACUAUUAUUCCAUCUCCUUAUCGUAUUCCUCCUGAAUCUUAUAAUCCUAAUUGUUCUUCUCUUCCCUCACCUCUCCAACUUGCAUUUAUUUCUCCUCCUCAUCUCCUUCCUUCUCCAGUGCUGCGGUUCCCUCCUCCUGUGCCUGAACGUCUUCCUCCACGUCCUCUUCCCCAACCUCGUGUUUAUCAUCCACCUCAACAGUUUUCUCUUCCUUCUCCUCUACUUCGUACACUUUCUCGGCCUCAUUUGCCUCCUCCUCCUAUUCCUUCACUUCUUCCUACUCAUCCUCCGAUCUACCAGGAAGUUCAUAAAGGAGCCCAACGGCAUAACCAAGAAAAACUUCAUGAUCAGCUUCAUUAAUGCAAGGUGUUCUUGUGAGUUGAAAGACAAGCACUGAUGUUAUAGCAGUGGCAGAGACCAAACUUACACGCUCAAUUAUAGAUCUAAUGUUUCCCAAAAUCUUUUUUAUCAGGAUCGAAUGAGGAAUGGCACAGCAAGCUGUUGUCGUGAUUUAAAAAAAUCACAAUCACAGAGUUGGAUUCAUGUUCCUUCAAGCUGGAAUCCACAUUACACAAAACAUAUACACAAUGGUUCUCUCGAGUUGGCUUCGGGGAUGGCAGGAAGCACCGCCAUUGCAUGUCAGUCAAGCACUAACAUUUAAUACAAAUAUAAAACUAAACACUGGUCAUCCUACAAGCUGAGAUGUAAGUUUUGUAGUGCUCAGGAUCGUUGACAACCUCAUAGAAGACAAAUUUUUCAUCGCCCGAUUAUUGACCCUGUAAGGUAUGUUUACAUGUACGUAUUUGGUUGAUUAGACAUAAUUGGUUGAUUGUGUCUAAUCAACACAACACAACACAACACAGAUUGUGUUGUGUUGUGAAUAUCCUGUCGUGAUAUUCAAUUAGGUCGCCUGAGGAAGGACUUGCUUAGCUAACACACCAGUGUAGUAAGCAGCUCAUUCC